UCCGGGGGGCGCGCGGAGAAAGAGACAGGAAGAGAGAGAGAGAGAAAGCGCGCGCGCAAGGGAGAGGAGACAUACUGGUUAAAGGCUACGACAAAAAAAAAAAAAAACCAUGAUGAUAAUGGAGUCAAGGCGGUGGAGGAUGUCGGAUUUACGGGAAAGGACUGUUGAAAUUUGACAGAGGGCUCGCGUCAAAGAGAGCGUUUCAUUUUUGAUUUUUCGUAUUCUUCGUCUUCUUCAUUUGAUUUCCACACGCUUGCGUGGACGCUAGAGAAGCGAACGGCAGAGGAACAGCAGCACCCCCACGAAUGCCUCGGAAGGUAAAAACGGGCUCUACCGCUGGCGCCACAGGCACCAUCUCAUCCCCCCCCGGAUGGUGAUAAAGGACAUCCCGAAGAAAAGCUCCGGACUGAUGGAUGAGGAGGAACAUCAGCUUUAGCCCCCCCACACCCUCACCCCCACCAUCCACCUGACGAUUGGGAAAGGAAAUAAAUCCUAUUCUGAUGGAUUUUCUUUAGAUUUUUUUCCUUUUUUUUUCUUUUUUCUUUUUUUUGUUAAUCAUUUAUGGUGUAGCCCCAAGGAAAAACCAGCAAUGUUGAAUCACUGGUGUUGGUAAAUUAUUCAUCAGAGGUAGAAGUAGGCUAUGAUUUUCUAUUGCUUUAAUGUAGCAUUCCUUACAUUUCAUUUUUUUAUUUUUGUAACGUAUUGUCUUCUGGGGGUCGUAUACAUAUUUUCAGGUCCCAUGAUUUUUUAGGCCCAUUCCAGAGAGAGAGAGAGAAAGAGGGAGUGAGAGAGAAAGCCAAAGCGGGGGAAAAUCUUAGCGCAAAGAGAGCUUUGGGAUAUUUAUGUGUCAAAUCUGUGUGGUGGGGUUUCUACAUAUUCAUAUAUUUUUUUCUUGUAAGAGUAAAGAAAGACAAAUUAAAGGUGUAAAAGACGGGGAAAAACAGCAAACAUGUUGCCUUCCCAAGAAGCCUCCAAGAUCUACCAUGACAACUACAUGCGCAACUCCCGGGCCAUCGGGGUUCUGUGGGCCAUCUUCACCAUCUGCUUCGCCAUCGUUAACGUGGUGGUGUUCAUCCAGCCCUACUGGAUUGGCGACAGCGUCAAGACGCCGCACAUCGGCCACUUCGGCCUUUUUCACUACUGCGUGGGCAGCGUGCAGGCGUCCAGCCGGGACCUCACCUGCGUGGGCAGCUUCUCCGACUUCGGCUCCAUCCCGUCGGGAGCCUUCAAGGCCGCCUCGGUAUUCGUGCUCCUGUCCAUGGUGCUGACCCUCAGCUGCAUCGCCUGCAUGGCGCUCUUCUUCUUCUGCAACACCUCCACCGUUUACAAGACCUGUGCCUGGAUGCAGCUGCUGUGCGGAGUGUGCCUGGUGCUGGGUUGCAUGAUCUUCCCCGACGGCUGGGAUGCGGAAGUGAUCCGGGAUAUGUGUGGGGAGCAUUCAGGAAAAUACUCUCUGGGUGACUGCUCAGUACGCUGGGCCUACAUGCUGGCCAUCAUGGGCAUCCUGGACGCCCUCAUCCUCUCCUUCCUGGCCUUCGUCCUGGGAAACCGGCAGACAGACUUCUAUCUGGAUGAUCUGCAGACAGACAACAAAGAUUUUGCUGUUUCGAGGAUUGAGGUACGAGACAGAAGAGAGCCGCGAUACGGAGUGCAACGUCUUCACUGAGGGCAACAAUGGCACUGAACAACUUCUCUCUUUCUCUUCUCUAUCUCUCCGCCCUCUAUUCUUCUUUCCUAUCCAAUGAUCAGGAUAUCACCCAAUUUCAAUGCAGACACCCCGUGUAUAAGAUUGUGUAAGAUAUAAAAAAAAAAAAACUACAACAAACACGAGGAUAAACUAUAUUUUGAAAAAAAAAUACAAGGUUGUACAGUGCAUUUAACGCUCAACUUUCUCAACAAAUACCUUUAUGAUGAAAAAUAUUUACUGUAUUUAAAGUCUUGAGUUUUUUUUUGUGUGAGAACUCCGAUCCCUAAGAUGAAGAACCAUAACGUCCGUUUUACAGUUGUUUAUUUAAAGUGUCGCUAUUUACUGACUUUGAGUUUGUGUGGUGUGUACAUUCAAAGCAUCAAACAACAGAUAAGAGGUACUCCUCGCACAGUUACAGUCAUGACUCGCAAUAUACCAGAACGUUCCAUUACUACACACGUAAAAAAAAAAAAAAAAAAAAAAAAAAAAAAAAGGGACUCAUAUGGCUCUUCAUCUAAGGACUUUUAAAUGUGAAGAAUUUAAAGGAGUACCCCAUUGCAGCUUUACAGAAUUUAACAUCUCUGGGAGAUUCUCUACUGUACAUACUAAACAAUGUAAAUAACAUAACUGCUGACGUGAACAGCCGACGACAAAACCUCAUCUGACUCCGAUGCAUUCGAGUAUAGUAUUUCUACCCUCCGUUUCAGUGUUCCUCGUGCUGGAAGGGCAUCUGAGUGUACGUUCGGAUUUGCUGUGUUCCUACGAUUCCCCACUACUGAUUUAGUGGGAUCACACAGAUGGGAAUAACACAGACCUCAUAGCUGGAAGAUCCACAGAGAAGCAGAGCACCGUGACUCGGAAUAAAUGUGUUUGAUCACCUUUUUUUUCUUUUUUUUUUUUUUGAGGGGGGAAAAAAAAGAGACACUACUCCUGCGUCAACAUGGCCUCAAAAGAAGCUGCUUAUUGUAGAUUUCCACCCUCUAGUAUGUUGUCAAUUUUACCGUUGACUUGAGCUGCAACUGUCAUGUCGAAAAAUCUUUUAUUUGUGUUUCACAUGUUUGUGUCAUCUCACAAUCCCCCUCUCUUCAGUGUGCAGUUUACUCCAGUUUAUGGUUCCAGCAUACAGUGAUCAGUUUACGCUACAGAUGUCUUAAGACUGUGUGAAUAUGACUGCUAGUGCUGGCCCCAAGUGCUGCAUUAAGGCCAUGUCACAUAUGCCUCUUUAAAAUAGAAAAUCCCCGGUGGGACAACCAUCUGCUAUAAAAAAAAAAGUUUAAAAUUUAAAUAAUAAUAAAACCAGCUAGUGCGGCAAAAAGACAAAGGUAGACACUUUCUGACUUAAAAGCAUUUCAACACUUCAGUGUAGUUCUUCAUGAAUAAGGAAAAUAGGUGAAUGAGUGAAUGUGCUAAACUUGAUUUUAAAUUUUUUAUGCAAUUACUAAAGUGAUGGCUUGGAUUUUAUUUUUAAAGUGAAGUGCUGUGAAGUUAGCAGUAAUAUACCUAAAGUAAGAAAGUUUGUGUUUUUUGAAUAUUUCUUUAUCCUAGAAAUGCUUCUAGGCCAUAAAUUCCUUUAAGCUAAUUAAUUUUCCCCUUAAAUUGUACCAAAUUUGGAAAUAAAAGGCAUUUUAGGGUUGAGCAUCAGAGCUCUGUAUGUGGGUUACGCCAUGAAAAGCUAGCCAAGUCCUUUAUGCUAAGGGCAUAAAGCUUAUUUUGCUACUGUCUGCAGUUCGGCUUCUAUUAAGGCAUUGAAAGAUUGAAGUUUGAACAAACAAGACAUACAGUGUAUUUGUAGCUUACCAAUUUAAAACAAGGACCUCAACAACAACAACAGACUUGUAAGUCCUUGUUAAGCUGGACGCCAGCUUGGUCAGACACUGCUGUGGGAUGGCAUCUGAUUCCUCAACUAGCCAUUGUCAUCAGUCAGCCAGUGUGGUUGUAUUGGUCACCCUGGCAUUAAUGGGACGCCCUGGCUGAUCCUACAGGUGCUUGCGUUGCAGGCAGACCAUUACAUCCUCUCCACUCCCAGAGUUUAAAUGUAUUUUCUGGUAAAUCUGCCUCUGGAGUAGCCUGGUAAAAAAACAGCCCUUUGAGAAACAAUUGUUUCCAGGAGGCUGUGGACUCUGUUGAAGUUUUAAAUUUUAACCAACUGCCAACGUUUGGCUGUGACAUAUGUAAUCUGCCAGUUCUAUGCUAUGAAGAUUACUGGAAAUUACCUGCUCUGUAACCAACCAUUCUCCACUGUGAAGAGAGAAACGCUGUACUGUUAAUGCUAAUUCAAUAUUUGGGUUGGGGUUAGCUAGUUAGUUGCUAAAGCUACAGCCAGACUACAACUCUAAAACGGCACAGAAAAUCAAGGUUAUCAUCCACAACUUCUUCGGUUUUCUGUCUGGCCUGGCAGAAACUCUACCGGAGCUAUAAGUGAGAUCUGAAUUUAGCAGAAUAGUGCAAGAAAGAAAUGGCUGGGCUAAUUCUGGAGGUAAGCAUUGACAUUUUGGAGGAUAGAAUUUGAUCCCUAAGAGGGGAGAUGUGGAGAUUUUCACUGAUUUUUAAAUAGCAUUUUGAUAUCUCUCUUCACUGAGAUUGCCUUUAACGAUGACAAGCCUUGGUUUUCCAGUGAGGGUCAUGCUGUCCUACACCAUACACACUGCCUCCAUCAGAAACAGAUUGGCCUUGGCUGAGUAGGACAGAGAACAUUAUCUCUGUCCUGACGUAGGUCCUCAACUCUACAACAGUUUAGGGGGAAAAAAUGCCAAGAAGCAUUGUUUUAAAAAAAACAAUGACCAAACAUAAAUCUUCUUACUAACUAACCUGUUUAGUUCAUUACCUAUUGUAGACGUUACAUUCUAUGUCAAUUAGUUCUUAGAAAAAUAACGAACUUAUCUGAGCCACUGAAGGCUUGCAGCUAGCCUGGCGGAUUAGCCUUAGAUAACUUUAACCAUUUAAGACAACAAAACAAACUAGUUUAAUCUGUGGGAUGCAAAGCUGCUAUAGAGGACAUUAAAUGUUACAGUUUCACAAGUUACCAUUCUCUUUUUUUUCACCUAAACAAUGUGUUUCUGCGCUAAAGUUACAUUGGUUGAGGUUGUUGGAUGAGACAAUGGGACUCGUCAACUUUUUUAAGAGGGAAGUAAACCAUUACAUUUUGCAACCUGUCAUUUCAGCAACUUUAUCAAAAGAUGUGGUUCUUGCAGGUCUUACAGGUCUCAAAGUGGUUUGGGAAAGAUCCCAUUCAGAUUGAUACUUUGCCAAAGUAACUUUAGCAACUUUAGUUUGGCGACAAAAACAAGAAAUAAACAUUACUGACUUCUGAAUAUAUACCAGUUAAUAUCUACUAAUGUAGCACUGCAUCACAUGGUAUUAAGAUUUUCAGUUUGAGUUUUUUUAUUUUUUUAUUUUAUUUCUAAAAUUAGCUAAAGUGGGUGAAGACCUUUCUUAAUAGCUACUAGCUAACUGCUGUUAAAGGACAUCGAUACCACAAAGGCAACAAACUGAUAACUUACAGAUCCAAGCUAUUGCCUUAUGGGGAAAAAACACAUUUUAACACAACAUUUAGGCAAACGCUGAUAAAUUAGCUCAUUUUAAACAUUUUGCAUCAAGUCCUGUUUUUCUCCCAUCAUCUUUAUUUAGGAACAUUAGUGAAACAAGAUGGUAUUAACAAAGUAAAGUAAACUCCCUCAUUGUUAAACUUUUUACUUAAUGAUUGUUUUUCGGCACUCCCAUUUUUUCCAAGUUAUUUAGAUUCAGAAAACCUGCUAGAAAUGACUUAUUUUCAGCUAAUCAGGGCAUGUGUUUGUGAGAACAACACAUUAAAUGCUACCUAUACUUUCAUUAAUAAACAUGUUACCCAAAACAGCAGUGUGAACUUCAAACUGUGGAGGCUAUGAUGCUAGAACCGAGCUGAAGAGGCAAAUCCAAAUAAACUGUUUUACUUACCUAAAAGAGCGUUAGCUACUCACAUGACGCUGGAAAUAUUCAAAAUGGUUUUGAACAAAAAUAUCAUGUUAGAGAGUCAAACCGGCGGCAGAUUUUAUGUAGUGGAUGGUUACAACAUUUCUACCUUAAGAGAAAUUUCCAGAUUUUUAUCUUUAGUUUUGCAUUUGGCUGUGAACUUAAAGUUUUUAAAAAAUCUUUGAUGUGAUCGUGUGCUUACCUUUCUGUUAGAGCCGGUAUGAGAUCCUCAUAGUAUUUGAACCUUGAGGAAAAUAAAAAUGUCAGGCAUUACACAAAAUUGAGAAAUAAAGUAGAUUUUAUUUAACGCAGAAACAAUUUAUUCUAUCAUUCCUUUAAAAAUAACUAAUUGAUUAUUAAAUUAGAAUAAUUAUCCAUUACUUUUAUUCAUUAUUUUAAAUGUGCUAAUUCAACAACAUGUCAUUCAUUUUUGACUUUCUGCUCUUUAUAGAAGAAUAUAAAUGCAAAAAUCUGAUAUUAGCUGGUUAUUUAGUAAGGAUAUCAAAUUGUAUAGAGACAUAAUAGAUAUGCAACUCAUAGCUCGCUAAUUGAAGUUUAAAACUGUUUAAUAGGAAUGACUGGAGAAACUCUGUUAGGUUCCAUCUGCUCGUACUGGCAGCAUUCUAAACAACCAGAUCUGUCUUUUCUCUUGUUACAAAGGCAAGGUGUACUGGGCCUUCUUUGGCUCAGGAGUGCACAGCAACAGGUGGGGAAGGGGGAGUGUUGUGCAAUUCUAUUCUCCAUACAGCCAGACUAAACUUACAAUGGUCUGGUAGUUUCUCAGCCUUAAACUUUUAACACCAGUGUAAUGAAACAUGUUAGUAGUUUGUGAAACUGGUUAAUCCCGGAUCACAAGUUGGUUCUCUUGCUGAAUCAAAAGUUGAUGUGGCUUCAAAUGUUGAACUUUUCUGAAAUCUAGAAUAUGUGUUGAACUUAAGAAAUACAAGCAAAUGGCUUCUUUUUUUUACCUCCAUGUUUUUUAGAAAGUCCAUUUGAUGGGAUUAUUGAUUCUUUAGAACCUUUGAGCUUAUUGGUCUGGAAUUUGCUGAAGAAAAAAAAAAUCCCCAAAGACCUGCAGACCACACACUGUCCUCUGGGAUAACUGCCAGAUACUUCCUGCGUUAUCCAUGUAGCUGUGACAUUAAACUGGUUGUUACCCUCACUGAUAGAUUUGAACAUAAACAUGAUUUCACAUCCUGGUCUAGAGACUUGAUGGGUUCCGAAUGAUCAGUUUACACACAAACAAAGGAGGUACGGUAGUUUGUUAGUGUUCAUCAAAUGAAUGUGUCGUAAUUUGAACAAAAAGGUAUUACCUGCUUUACAUUACUGACUGCCAGCAAGAGCAUUGUUUUCUUUUGUCUAAGAUCAAUUACUGUACCUGCUGGCCAAAUGAUGGGCUCUUUGUGCUUUAGCUGCUUCAUAUUUCUCCACUGUUUGCUGUGGUUCUGGUGACUAGCAGGAUUCUACCAUGACAAACUGUGGUUGCACAAUAUGACAAAGCAGUCUGCUGUAAUCCAGGGCACCAUGGGGGAUUUUUAUCCCUCUCAGAGGAACCCUUCAGGCUGACACACUGUAACUGAAACUCCCAAAGCUUGGCUUAAGUCAUGACAGGAAUAAAAUUAGCUGUGUGCAUGGAUAAUUGUUUUAUAUGAGAAACUGACUUGCUGUGCCCAAGUAAAGGAAAGGUACAAUCAAACCAUAAACCCUCCUAAGAAGAUAAAUGAUUUUUACCGAGCUGUCAAAUAUUGACCUGGUGGUUUAUACAUUGGGCCAAAUCACAAACAGAGAACACCCUGCAUAAAGUACCCUUUUACUCUUAUAACUAACUUUAAUCAAUGUCAUGAGUUGUUAGGGAAGCAUUCUUUAUUGUUUUUUUCAUUAAGGUUUUGAAGGGUGUGUAUGAGCAGUCAAUGUCUCACUGGCAAUAGAUAUUGGUUUGAGAAAUCCAUGAUUGGAGAAUAUUUGCAGACUUCCCAAAAACUGGAAAUGUUUAGAACAUUUUUAGCUUAGUGCCACUCAGUUAACUAAGUAGUAGAAUAGCAGUCAUCUUAUUUAGCCAAAAACAAAAAAAAUCCCUUCUUCUUUUCAAAGAUGGUGUAAUCUAGAGGUGUGAAAGUGUUUUAAUGAACGACUCCAACAUUUUUAGAGUGCUAUUCAGCUAAGUAGAUAAGCAAUUGCUUAGCAGUUGGCUUGGCUAGCCAGAAAAAAGUUCAAUUUUUCUUUUCAAAGAUUAGCGUUACUUAGAGGUGUGAAGGUGCUUAAUAAACCAAAAACAGGGAGUUAGUUACUUGCAAAACUUGCAUUAAUUUCCUACUCGACAUCCUGUCAUGAGUCUGAUCUGACCACUGUCUACUCCAGUUAAGACAUCUGGAAACUGUAGUCCAUGACUGCUGACACAUUCACUGUGGGGAAAGUCCAAAACUCAGACUUUUCUCUCAUGAAGAAUUUCAACCAACCUUUAAAAGUUGACUAAUUUAUAAAUGAAGGACAAGAUGCCUACCGACUGAACCAAUUGGAUAUCGUUUCACUUGGUUCAUUUGCAGUGGAUUCCAGUGCAAUCCUUUACUAUAGAUUAAGCAGAUAGCUAGAUGUACAGUGUCUUUUUAGAAUGGUAGCUAGCUAAUUCUCAGGAAGCUGUGUACUAAGUACUGUAUUAAAGGCUCAUUAUGGAAAUUACAAACAAAACAAGUCAAAAAUAAGAGUGACUUGAUGAGGUCAUCAUUUAAUUGAUGAGUUGCUUCACUCUGGGUCUUUUGAUGAAGUGUAGACUAGAUUAACACUGAUGAUGUUUUUCUUUCUGGGCCUUUAAGACAAUAUGAUAACAGCCCUUAUGCUGAAUCUAAUGAUGCUGUCUAUGGAGGCUCUGCACAGACCCCUGGCUUAUGUCAAUCCACUGUCGUAGUGUAAAAGUUCUGGGCCCUCAUUCAAGAGACGUUUAUUUCUGUUUAACCUUGAAUUAUCUGUGCAAACAUUAAAAAAAAAAAAUAAAAAAAAAAACAGACAAACAUUCGCAGUGAAACUCAACCAUUUGGUAAAGAAUACUCAUACUUGCUUUUGAUGUUUGUUUAGUUAUCUGAGCAGAAUUUGUAUACUGUUCCAUACAAAGGGCUGCGUUAAGCAGUCAGUCAUGUUUCUCACACAUUGUAGCGUGCAUCUGUCAUUUGUUUUGGGAGGGGUUUUUUCCCACAGGCCCAGGACAUAAUUUCAUAACAUAUUAACAGUUAGAAUAUAAAGAAAACAUAGCCCUGAGGCCUCUGUGGUCAUGUGAGGCUUCCAAGAAUCAGUACCUGUACGAUCGUCGUUCUGGUCUUUUUUCUGGGUACUUUGGUUCCUGAAGACUUGACAAUGAACCUAUGAAAAAAAAAAGAACCUUAAAAAGGAACUGAAAAUACCUUAACCCUGAUGAGCACAUAUUUGUACCACUCCAGGUGCCUCUAAGAACUCUUGAAUUAAUUCUGAUGUGGUGCAGAACCAGCAAAACAAGUAGUGGCACGGUAGGUUUUUUUUUUUCUACUACAGGCUGAGCUCUGAAACGAGAUGGUUAUUUAUAGACUUGAGGUCAAUUCAGUUUCAAAUCAUGAAAUGAAAACAAAGUCGAAUUAAUUUCCUCACUUUGUAUAGAACGUAGGAGUAAAAAACAUAUAUUUUUAUUUUCAUUUGUCAAUUGGACUCCAAAGCUGAAUUCGCCUCAGUCUAGAACUGUGGGAUCAUUUAAUGAUGUGAAAAAGACUGAGAGGCUGUUAAGAGUCGGUGAGAAGUAAUUUCUGAUUUCUAGCUACAAACAAAAUGUUUGUGGAUUAUGUAAAUGUCAUGGACAUGUCAAUGAUUUAUCAUCUUU